UUUCAGUUGUAAUAAUGUCUAGUGGAUUCGUCAGCACUUCGGAGCUCGAUGAAGAGAAAAAAGCCCGUCAAGAAGCUUGGGAAAAGAUUAGAAAACCGACUGACGCUACUUUGGUUCCAGAACCGGAGUACUGCAAUAAGACAUUGUUCGAGCAAUUAAAAAAUAAUAAAGAUGCAAAACAAUUGGAAAUCGACGAAGCUAAGAAGCUCAAGAAUAUGGUCCGAGGUAUCGAUGAGGAUGAAAGCGUUUUUCUGUCGGAACUAGAUUCCACAAAGCGUGUGGUUAAAAUGCGGAUGAAAAGAGAAGAGCAAGAACUUAUUAAAGAGCUUGCCGUCACUCAACAUCUUGCCGCAAAUCAGCCAUCCUCGUCUCGUUUCAUUCUUAAACCGUCGACAUCAAAAGUUCUCGGACCCCCGAAAUCAAAGCAAGCCGCAUUUUUGAGCACUGCGAUCAAGAGAAAGUCAACAAGCACUGAAGAGAAAAAACAGGAAGAUGUUGUGUCUUCAAAAGUUUCAAAACCUGAACCUGUGAUCAAGCAAAUUGGAGCACUGCAGGCUUUGUGUGAAUAUGAUCCAUCGAGUGAUUCAGAAAGCGAUGCCUCAUCUGAUGAUGAGCCUGAAACUCUGUCACUUCUUCAAACAUCGAAGUCGGCGGCACAAGGAGGCUGCGAAUGAUUUAAUUCUUGUUUUAUCCGAAUAUAUUUUACUGUCCGAAUCCCUCAGCUUCACCGCUUUUCCUGAAUGCAUCCAAUACCUCUUUCAUCAUGUUCAAUUUUUCUUUUUAAAAUUCAAAUUUUAUUAAUUACUUUUAUUUUUCUCCCGCGCCUAAUCCCACUAAGCUUUGCGCUCCCUUCUUUUUGUACAAUACCUGAAAAUCCUGCGUUUUCCUACUCAUUUCUUCGCCGCAUUGGCGUAGAAAUGUAAAAAAUACGGCAUUGAACCCCCUGAAUUUCCUCUCACAACCUUUAACUUUCAAUGUUUAUUCCCGUCAAGUUGUUAUGUUAGUGGAUAAAUUAUUGAAAUAAUGAACAGGGAAAAUCUGUGUGCAGAUGCUUGCACUUCAGAAAA